GGCUCUUAUAAAAUCAGGAAAAUUUUCAAAGGAUAUUUUGUUGGGAAUUGCUCCCUUUUUCCACUCAGAGAUAUUCCUAAAAGUAUUGCGAGUAAUACUUGGUCCUCACCUGGCUUACAUUUCUAUGUUUUCGCCGUUACUGUUUCUUCUGCACUGCUUCAUCUUGUUUCAAGAACGCAUUUUACGUAAAAAAGAAGGAUGCGUAUGCGUUGUGGAAAAUUCAGUCCGAAGAGUUCAUGGCUCCAAACUUGGAAAACGAAGGGAUCUUGGAAGUAUGCAAAGGAUUCUUUAAUGUAUCACUAGUCGCUGGGACUUUAUUUUGCUACAUUCUCAAUCAAGGACCUUUGUCAAAAGUGUACUUUAAUUUAGAUGGUUCCCAGUUUUGGUGGACGUUGAUUCAAGGCCCAGUUUUACUUCUUUGGCAGGAUCACGAGGAAUACUGGCGUCAUCGGAUUUUUCAUUCAGGAUGGCUAUUCAAGAAAAUUCACAGUGUGCAUCACAAGUAUAAACACCCAACCAGCUUCGUUACAUUUGCGUGGCAUCCUUUCGAAAUAACUGUGUUCUUCUUGAUUAGCAUGACGCCAUUUUUUGUUGUUCCAGUGUACUUCGGGUGGAUUGUUGCGAUCAGCGUGUUUAUAAUUGGCCACAAUAUGCUCGACCAUUCUGGAAUCAAUUUGAAGGCACCGCAUUGGUUGCCAUUCCUCCCAGAUAUCGUCUUUCAUGACAGACAUCAUCAGCGUGGCAAUGUCAAUUUUGGGUCUCAUUUUUGGUUGUGCGAUUUUCUGUUCGGGACUUAUGAACAGGUUCGAUCAUGAAAUAUGGAUGAGCUACUUCUCUCAAGUGAUCAGCCAUUCCGGGUGAAUGAUCUCUACCGUGGUACACCGUGCGACUACUAUAGAAAACUAAGUAGUGCUUUUUAAUAUGAAACUCCUAGCGAAUACAUAAAAAAUAUAAAAAAACUACACAAACGUCUUGAGUUAAAGGGAUUUGUUCCUCUCGACAUUUAACUAGUUUUAACAUCGAUGUAGAAGUCACUUAAGAAAAAUAAAUCCUGUAUUAGAUAAUUGCCGAAAAAAAAGGUU